AACUCUCCGAUCAAGAAUGUCGUGGUCUUGGUGCAGGAGAACCUGGCGUUCGACACAAUUGCAGGCGGGCUCACAUACAGCUCCGAAAUUGACGGCCUCGUGAAGCACAAGUUCUGCAAUCCCGCCAACGUUUCCGACCCGGACUCAGAAUUGGUCUGCGCCAAACCUAUCGCCAAAAACAUUGCCCCGGAUGAUCCAGACCACAGCAUCGCUGGCGGCAACUAUCAAGUGUAUGGUACCGACCACCCGGACCUCUCCAUCCACCGUCCCACAAUGCAGGGGUUCGUCAGCGAACAGAUCCGCUCCUACGGCAUAGACGGCGACCUCAAGCGCGCCGGAGAAGUCAUCAACUAUUACACUCCAGAUCAUGUCCCCGUCUUUAAUGCUCUAGCCGAGAAUUACCUGCUCUUCGACAAAUGGUUUGCUGCCGUACCCGGUCCGACAAACCCCAACCGCGCCUACCUCACCUCGGGAACUUCCCACGGCCACGGCACCAACGACCCAGGAUUCGACGUUUCCGCCCUCCCCCAAGUAUCUGUCUUCGAACAGCUCUCCGCAGCUAACAUAUCCUGGAUCAACUACUCCAACACCACUGGUUUCGCACCAGACGCGCUCUUCUACGACUGGACCAAGAAGUCCGGCCACGGGCGCAAGUCCAUCAGGCCAGUCGAAGAGUUCUACAAAGACGCCAAAGCCGGCACCCUGCCGCAGUUCACGUGGAUAAAUCCAGAGUGCUGCUCGUACCAGUCGUUCCAUCCGCCCUCCCCGACAGAUCUCGGCGAGGAUUGGAUCAAGGGCAUCUACGAGGCCUUGCGCUCUUCUCCGCAGUGGAACGAAACCCUCUUCAUCCUCACUUUCGACGAGCAUGGUGGGUUCGCGGAUCAUGUCCCGCCUCCCGAAAACGUUCCCCCCGGCGAUGAACUUCCUUAUACCGAAGUCGCGAAAGACGGCCGCCCGACGACAUUCCACUUCGACCGGCUGGGGAUCCGCGUUCCCACUAUUUUGAUCUCCCCGUGGGUGCAGAAGGGGGCUGUCCAGCACAGCCCGAAGACCCAGAGCGGAGAAUACACGCACACCUCUAUACUGAAGUACGUAUCGGAGUUAUGGGGGCUGGACAUUCUUACGCCCCGGGUAGAGUGGUCGCCGAGCUUCGGCGACUUGAUCCAGAGAGACGCCAUUAGAGAGGAUACACCAAUGUUGAUGCCGGCGCCG